AAUUGUGACGUAAACGAAAGACAUUGUAAGAUGUAGAGGGGUAUAAAAAGAGCUAUUAUACGUUCCCUUGCUCUCAAACGUAUGUUCGAUUCUGCUACGAAGGAAGCUGUCCUUUUAAACAAUAUCGAGAAAGUAUCAACACGGAUUCGAAAUGUAUUCCAAGAGCCGAUCGAACGUCGUUACCGCAAUAUUGCUCGUCUCUUUGAUUCUUUUGACUUAUCUUCACGAAACGGAAGGGCAAGUGAAUUUUUCGACAGGCUGGGGCAAAAGAAAUCAAAAUAUUCCAACUAGUAAUACAAAUAACCCGAGGUGUAUACCACAACAGGCCAGACCAUCCUUGGAACAAUUGCUCAAUUUGUAUAAUUUUAUUCAGAUUGAGGCGCAGAAGAUCGUAGACCGUCAAAAAUUAAACAAAUGAGAUGAGAUUCGUCAGACCAACGGCAUCUUAACUAGGAUCAUCGGAAAUUACAAGGAUUAGGAUUAUCAACGUUAUUUAAAUAAACUCUCCAAUGUAAAUUGUCGAAGAAACAA